UCACAGCCGCGAAGCGGAUGUCAUCGCCCAAGAGAGAGAGAGAGUAAUGGCGUCCGCGGCAAGCGCAUGAUAUUCUCGCGGUUCGUCUGUUACACUCCGAGCUAAAUAUUGAGAAGAUUCUGGCUCUUCCUUUCAUCUGUUUGAGAGCUCUUUUCGAUUAAGAUCGCGCCAGACAAUUCGCAAGGAUCGAAGUCUCUCAGCACAAGAUACGAGGAGUCCGUGAUAGUGUGUGGCCGAACGGGUGGUUGUAUAUGUUUUCUCGCCGUAUAACGUGAAUAGUUAAAGAACUCUGAAAUUCUUAAGCUGAUCAACUCGUCGUGGUGAUUACGAUUAUCAAUUUUUUGACGAAUCGACGAUGAACUGAAAAUCCCAUGAAAAUUGUAUGAGCAUCAUCGUACAUCGCUGUAUCCACCGUCUGUUCUGCGUAUCUUAUGGAGCAUCGUGACGUGUUUUUUUGUCACAAUGGAUUUGUUAGUGCAAACUUCUUUAACAUUAUUACUCACAUGAAAGUUUGGCUCUAGUUGUUCAAACUUAAGUUGAACAAAGUCUGAUUUAAAUUGUUCGUCUAUAUGUAAAUACUCUCGCAAUGUCUGCAAACGCUCAAUUUGCAAAUCCGCCACCGGCUGUGAGUUUGCCCAACAUGUCGGUGCCUCCGCCUGUUCCGACUCCAAAUUUAUCGACACCACCACCAAAUUUAACAACCAUAAACACAUCAGGAAGUUAUCAGCAUCGAUAUGCGAAUCACAGAGAAGGCAAUCGUGGUUUUUUUAAACCAUUCAGACCUUAUCAUGCUCCAAAAGUUGUUGCUAGUGGGCAAGAUAUGUUACAAGAUGAAUUUGAUGGAAAAAGACUCAGGAAGUCUGUCAUGAGAAAGACCGUCGAUUACAAUUCCGCUAUCAUUAGAAGUUUAGAACAUCGAGUGUGGCAGCGGGACUACAGGGAUCGUCGUGCCCUUCAACCAGAUGUAAUGUACUAUCCUGAUUUACUCCCCCCACCAAGUUAUAUUGACAAUCCAAUAAAUGCAGUCACCACACGGUUCGUAAAAACGGCCACCAAUAAAAUGCGUUGUCCGAUUUUUUGUAUGGCCUGGACACCAGAGGGUAGACGUCUCGUUACUGGCGCAUCGAGUGGAGAAUUCACCCUGUGGAAUGGCCUCACUUUCAAUUUUGAAACUAUUUUGCAGGCUCACGACAGCCCGGUAAGGACUAUGGUAUGGUCGCACAAUGAGAGCUGGAUGGUAACGGGGGACCACGCCGGCUACGUGAAAUAUUGGCAGAGCAAUAUGAACAACGUCAAGAUGUUUCAAGCACACAAAGAAGCGAUUAGAGGACUCAGUUUCAGUCCAACGGAUCACAAAUUGGCGACCUGUAGUGAUGAUGGAACCGUCCGAAUUUGGGAUUUUCUUCGCUGUCAUGAAGAACGAAUUCUCAGGGGUCAUGGUGCAGAUGUGAAGUGCGUACACUGGCAUCCACAAAAGAGUCUAGUCAUUUCCGGAAGUAAAGACAAUCAGCAGCCGGUGAAAUUGUGGGAUCCGAAGACCGGGCAGUCUCUCGCGACUCUCCAUGCUCACAAAUCAACCGUAAUGGACGUCAAAUGGAAUGAGAACGGCAAUUGGUUGGUGACUGCCUCGCGAGAUCACUUAUUGAAGCUGUUCGAUCUCAGAAAUUUGAGCCAAGAAGUCCAGACCUUCCGUGGUCAUAAAAAAGAGGCGUCCAGCGUUGCGUGGCAUCCAAGUCACGAAGGUCUCUUUUGUAGUGGAGGUAGCGAUGGUGCUAUACUUUUCUGGCACGUGGGGGCCGAUAAAGAAGUCGGAGCGAUAGAGCAGGCACACGACAGCAUAGUGUGGACGUUGGCCUGGCAUCCAUUAGGCCACAUUUUGUGCUCCGGCAGCAACGAUCACACGUCCAAGUUUUGGACGCGCAACAGACCCGGAGAUUUAAUGAGAGAUAAAUACAAUCUCAAUACGUUACCGGCGGGCUCAGCUGGCAUUGAUGACCAUGAAAUCGCUGAUGAAGCAGCGGUGAUACCUGGUAUGGGACCGGAGGACAGAAUCAACGCCGACGGCGAAUCCGAAGACAAAAGCGGCGGAAUUCCGGGACUGGAUUUGGAUCACGCCGUGGACGAGGGCAAGAAGUUUGCUAACAAAAAAGUCCCGUACAGCAAACCGAUACCGCGCAACUUCCAAGCUCAAUGGAACGAAAUGGAGGCUGAGGAUAGCGAACAAGUCGAAGCGUUGAAUGCAUUUGUUAAUCAAUUGAUAGAAACUACUCCGGGUGCUGUGCCAUUGAACGAAGUUACGCCUAACGCUAUUAUAUUAUAUGGGAAAAUGAUUCCCGUAGAAGCGGGCUCCAAACUCGCGGAGGCGAUCAGCAAAGGAACGGACGCCAUAAAUAAACUAGUAUUUUCCGGUGAAAUAGAAGAGCUACGGGAUGUAGUGGGUCCACCGGAUAAUGUGAACGAGGCUGAAGAGUAUCUGCAGGACGAUGGCGAAAUCGAUUAUUCGAAAGUGCCCGACGUGGAUUUGCCACCGCCUUUGCCGAGCUCAAAAUUUGCACAGAAUCCGGAAUUGCUGAAGUCACUAAAUCGCGGCGGCAAGCGUAAAUUCGAUCAGUUAAUCGGCUGGAGCGACGGCGGGUCGAGUGAUCGCACGUCUAAGAUCCAUCAACCGGUCUUUGGCGGUGUGAUCACCGAAGACUCGCAGUCCAGCGAUACCGAUCUGAGAUUCAGCAUCGGCAAGAAUGCGGAGAGUAAUUCUUUCCAUAGCGGCCAAGACGAGGAUCACAGGAGAAUAGGUUCUCACGGUGAUAUCGCGAGGAGCAGCAAUCGCGGCGACGAGGAUCUGAGGUUCAACAUAUCCGCCGGACCUGGCAGGCCUGGUUCUCGUAACGAGUACGAUCCGCGUGGCAACAGUUUUGCCGACAAAGACUUCCGCAGCAUUAGUGGUUUCCCGAAGAAAUCGAUGGACAACGACGUAUACGACGAGCGGGAACGCGACGGCGCAGGCGGCCGCUGGGACGACGAGAAAUCCAAGGGCGACGGACCGCGCGGCAAAUCGGACGGCAACGGGUUUGACAAGCGCGACAACGGUAUGCCGAUGGGUCCUGGCGGCAUGGGCAUAGGUCACAUGCCCGGUGUGCCGCAUCUACCGAAUCAUCACAACAUGCAGAACAUCAAUCCCAACAUGCCUCCGUCGAUACCGGGCCUGAUGCCACAUCCUAACAUGCCGCAGCAUCCUGGUAUGCAGGGCAAACCUCCUCCACCGCAUCCUGGUAUGCCGGGCAUGGAUGGCCCGAUGUUGCCGCAUAUGAUGCCGCAUCAUCCGGGAAUGCAUCCGGUCUUCGGGCCGAACGGUCCACCGCCCGGUGGCUUCGGACCGAACUUCCGGUUGCCGCCACCGAACGGCAAUUUCGGACCGAAUCACUUCAGGCCGGGUCCGAUGCCGCCGUUCGGACCGAAUCAAGGCCCGCCGCCAUUCGGCAACAGUUUCCAAGGACCGCCCAAUUUCCGCGGACCUAACGCCGGUCCGAUGAACUUCGACCGGCCGGUCUUCGGGCCGAACUUUCGCGGUCAGAAUCCGCAGGGUCCACUGAACAACUUCAACGCGAACUUCGGUAACUUCGGCAAGAACGGACCCAACCGCGGCAUGAGCCGCGGCGGUGGCGGCGGUGGCAGCGGCAGCGGAGGCGACAACAGAAGUGGUUACAGCAAUCGCGGUAGAGGACGUGACAAUGAUCAGUCAAGAGGAUCGAGAGGUAGGGACAAUUAUUGAAGAGGAUUUUGGAGCAGUCAUUACUCACGACGUCCUUGUAUCGCGGCUUGAAUGAUGCAAAAUAGGAUUCUAUCUAAACUUCGAUGAUGGUCGUUAAUGGAAUAAUGUAAAGUAAGUGUAAAUUAAUGUCUCCCGUGUCAAGAAACAGCGUUCCCGGAUCUCUUGAGCGACGAUCACGAACUCUAUUCGCGUGUGCGAAGAAACACGCAUUGUAUUCACAAACGGACUGUGUAUAUUAUAUAAACUGUAUUCAUAAUUCGACCAGCAUGGUGACAAUUGGAUCCGCGAUAUGCGUCUACGUAAUAGCAAUGCGAGUGUAGUUGACUUUUUUUUUCCUCCCAGGAAAAGAGAAAAGAAUCGCCAAUUCAGACUUAAUUAUUCUGAAUUCAGUUUGAUACUGUACUGUGCGCGGUGCGACUCGAUUGUUUGCCACGUUCUUCUUGGCAAGGGAACAACCUUGGAAGGAGGCGAAAUUGUAAUAUAAUGCAUUAAGGAUCGGCGACACGGAUAUUAUUCCGAAUGAAACUUGUUCACAAGCUGCCUUGCAAGGGUGAAUACCUGUUCCAUUUGUGGAGCUCGACAAAUGCGUGCCGAUCGGGAUACGCAUGAUUCCGAAGCAUGAAUGCACGACUGAACGCUUUGUUGUCUGUCGUCCGAGAGAUGUGAAAAUGCCAGAACAGUCUACUUAUCUAUUAUUAAUAAAACGGAAUAACUUAUA